AUGAGAACUACUCGCAUAGCUCAAACUAAGCAACAAGGGAAUUCAAAUAAAUUGACAUCCAUAAAAAACACUCUAAAGUUUCAAUUUGAUGAUGAAAAUGACAAAAACAUAGAUCGUACUACAAGUCCUUCUAUAACUAUAAAGGAUUUGUGUUAAGAAGAAAAAGCAAAAAUAGGAGAUCUAAUUAAAAGAUUAGCUUAAGAAUAAGAAGAAAAUAAAAAGCUUUAAGAACAAAUAAGAUAAAAAGAAGAAGAAUGUAAAAAAUAAGUAAGUAAAUACAAAUAAUAAUCUGAAUCAGCUAAAAAAGAAUAAAAAUAAACAGAAGAGAAAUUUAAAGAAUCAUUAGAAGUUAUAAAAAAGUUGUAAUAAUAGGAAUAAUUAAUCUAAGAAUAGAUGCUUCUUACAAGAGUAAAUAAAUUUGAUUCAUUCACAUAAUAUGAGAUAGAAAACAAAGAAAAUAAUUCUAAAGUCUCUUAAGCUCCUAUUAUUACACCUCCAAUACCUCCUCCUAAACAAUAAAAGAGUGAGAUUUUACAAUUAAAAGCAGAAAUAGAAGAAUUUACUAACAGUUUGAAACAAUUUUAGUUUGAAUCUAAUCGUUAAGAAAGAUAAGAGAUUUCUCCUAUAAGAAAAGUAAUUAAACCUGAAACAAAAUAAGAUAAACAAGUAGCUAUUCCAAGACAUUAGACACCUGUAAAUGUGCCAAAACCUGAUUAAAAGAAACAUAUUGAAGUAUAAACAAUGGAUUCAGGAAAACGUAUAAAUCUACAUUAAAAUUCUGCAGAUAAAUAGAUAUAAACAGAAACAGAAAGUUUUGCAAUUAAUUCUCAUACAUCUAAUUUUUUUAAAAAAGAAACUGAAUAACAUUAAGAAACAAUCAAAACUCCUGGAACAUAAAAAAGUAAUUAAACAACAAUUAGAUUCUGUGAUGAAUUUAAAGCUUUGGAGAAUAAAUUAAAACAAAAUCAAAAUCAAUAUUAUAAUUGUAAUAAAGAUCUUUCUAUAUAAUCUGACAGUUUCUUAAAGAAUUAAAAUAUAUAAGAUGAAUCAUCAGAUGAUGAAGAUGAAUUUACUAUAGCUUAAGAAUUACUAAAGCGUAAAAAUCAGAGAAUAUCACAACAAUAUUAAAAAAGAUCAUCAAUAGGAUCUUAAAAAGGGUAAUAGAUAUCUGAUGUUAGUUUGUAAAAAUAAUAAUAAUUCUAAUAAAAUAAUAAUUAAUAUUAAUAAUAAUAAUAAUAAUAAUAAUAAUAAUAAUAAUAAAUUCAAUAUCCUUAUUAUCAAUAAUCUUUAUAACAAACUUAAUCAGCAUAAUAAUAAAAUUUAAUUUAAUCAAAUUACUUUAAAACUAAUACUUUAAGCUUCAAUUUAACUAAUUAAGAAUAUACACCAUAAUAAUCUGUUUAAAAAUCUUCCGAAUAAUUUGGAUCCAGCGUUAUGCAGACUCCACAAUAAAGAGAUAUGAUUACUCAAUAGUUAUAAUUUUCUUAAUAAGAAGAAGAAAUUGAUUCCGUUAUUACUAGUCUCAAUGGAAGAUCUUUCAAUAAACCUAAUGUUUUAUAAUAAGAACAAUAUCCAAUGAUUGAACAAUAAUAGGAAUCAUAUUCUUCAGAAUCAUCUCUACCUAGAGAAGAAUAUCAAAAACUUAUUGAUAGAUACAUGAAGGAUAAUUAAGAUUCUGAUGAUGAUUGA